AUGAAAAAUUAUCCUAUAUAUCCAUAUAUACAUAAAGGAGGAACAACUAAAAAGAAGGGAAGCAUAGUUCGUGUUCAAUUCAAACUCAUUAUUUUGUUGUAUUUUGUUCUUUUUUGUAUUCUUUUAGAAUGUUUAUUCAAUCAAAAAAGCCAAUCAGUUUCCAUAAUAAAAUUUAAUAAAGAAUAUUUGAGAAUUCUAGCAGAAGAAGAAGAAGAAAUUAAAAAUAAAAUUUUAAAGAUGGAUAAUCCAUAUGGAAUAUAUAGUAUUCAUUUUAAUAUUAAAACAGGUGCACUCAUAGAAAGAAUGUUAUCUGAUUGGCAAAAUUUAUGCAAUGAUUUAAGAAAAAAAUUUUCUUCAUAUGAAAGAGAGUGGGAAGUAGAACAUUUCGAUCAAUGGUAUAAUAAAAUAUCUGAUGAUAUAAAAAGUUUCCAUGAGGAAGUUCUUGCAGAGUAUAUACCAAUAUGGGUAAGUCGUCAUAAUGAUAAAGAGUGCUAUAAAUAUUUCGAGAAGAAAAGAAAAGAGUUGUCUAAGCUUUGUAAUAUAUUAGAAGAAUGGUUUAUGAAAUAUAUAAAAAAAUGUAAGGAUGAAUGGUACCCCUCAAAUUGCAAAAAUGUUCCCACUUUUUAUAAAUCCAUUUUUAAAAAUAAAAAAAAAGAUUAUAUGCCAUUAAUUAAUAAUCAAGAAUAA